AUGAUCUCUCCGCCCAUCCUCAUGGAGCGCCGUCCAUGUCCCCUCCGCCAUCAUGUCUGACAGUAUGAGGAGCUGGAGGUCUACAGCAUCCGCGGGCCUCUCCGCACUGCGUAGCAUCGCGCAGCAGAAUCUCAGCCGACUUCCCUCUCCACAGCAAGCCAACGGCGCCGACGCGCACGGCCAGCGCCAGACGUGGAAGCAAUGGGCGGGGCAGAAACUCAGAGGACAGCCGGGGGAUAACUACCGCCCCGACUUGGAGAGGAUAAGCUUGUUUCCUGGGUGGGCGGUGCGGCGGUACAAGUCGCCGGAUGCGGACGCGUUCGAAGUCGACGUAUACGUGUCGGGCUUCGCAUCUGUGCACUCCCCGCCAGAAUUUGCGAGCAGGUCCCAGCGGGCGUUUAUGCGCCUCGCUAAAGGUUUCGCCUCCCUCCCCAAGCUCGCCGAAAGCAACGGCAAUGGCACUCUCCGCCCCACCAAAUCCACCGAACACAUUCUCGAAUCCGUCAAACUCCCCGCACGCCCAGAAGACAUGACCGAAGACGCCGAGCUCGAGGCGCUCGACCGCGAGUUCCAGCAUGCGAAUGAGGAGGCCGCCGAGCUCGAGCCUCCUCGAACGCCCACGACGCCUCGCACACCAUCCACGCGGUCCUCCUCUCCAGAGCGAUACUCCUAUCCCCCACGGCCCUCUUCCCCCGAGUUGUUCGAAGACGACUCAGUGCUCCGGAAGCUUCACGACAACCUCGAGUCGCGCUUACGUCCCUUCUGGUCCUCGGUACUGCCUUCACGCCCCGUGCGUAUACGUCUUUACGCUGCACCCGAGGGCCAACCCACGGAGAACGCGAUCCACUCUCCCCACGGGCCAAUUGCAGCAGCGAACGUGACAACGAGUCCUGACGGAAGCUUCGAGGCGCUGUUCCGCGUACCUUGGGAGCACCUGUGCCAGCACCCUGAAGCCCUGCACAUCGCAUUCGGCGAGGCGAGGCAAGAGCACGAGUUUGCUGUUGUCGUGGACUUGCUACCUCCGAGACCAACACCACAACAAUUGGCGCAACAGCAACAGCAAGCCGACUUCUAUCGUUCCGAAGCAGACGAGGCACGAGAGGCACAGCGGCUGAAGACGCCGACAUGCAGUGCGAGUACCCGCAUACGACUGACGCACUCGCGGCUGAGAGUGAUCUCGGACGUGGACGAUACGGUCAAGCGCGCAAAUGUGACGGAAGGCGCUCGUGCUGUCUUUCACACCGUGUUCGUCAAGGAGCUCAGCGACAUUGUCAUCCCUGGCAUGGGCGAGUGGUAUGAGAGCAUGUUCCAGCGAGGCGCACGUUUCCACUACGUUUCUAAUGGUCCAUUCGAGAUGCUACCCAUCUUAGAAGAGUUCUUCCGGCUAUCAAAGUUACCGCCAGGCUCGGUCAAGUUGAAGUCAUACGCCGGGCGAUCACUAUUCACUGGGCUCUUGUCCGCACCAGCGACUCGCAAGCGAGCUGGAGUGCAGGAGAUACUCGAUGCUUUCCCUGAGUGCAAGUUCAUCCUGAUAGGCGACUCUGGAGAGCAGGAUAUUGAGCUUUACGCUGACUUCGCCCGCGAGCGACCAUCCCAAAUACUGGGCGUCUUCAUCCGCGAUGUCAACACCGGCGAGCCUCUUGACGACCCGACGGGCACGUCGACUACAAUGAUACCUUUCGGUGCAGGAUUACUUGACGCUUCGGCCUCGGACACGCCGCCGCUACCGCCACGCCCGCCUACGGCGUUGGUGCGGACACCUCCUGCACGUAAUGGGAGGAGAACGGUCUCUGGCCCCACGGCGAUGAAGACCAAGGCAGCAUCAGAAGACCACGGGUACUUCGUGCCCAAUCUGGUAUCUGAGCCGGAAUCGAUGAAGGAGGAUGAGAUCAAGACGCCUGUGGCGCUGAGCGAUGCGAUACCGGAACGCUGGGAUACGAUACCGGAACACAGGGAGCACUGGGAUGCUUCGCCAGCGCGGACGCCGCCAGUGUAUAUGCCACGGCGAGAUACGGGACACAGGGCAACGCGGUCGUCGUUUGCGCCUGCGUCGGCGCCGUCUGCGAGGCCAAGUCGGAUGGGGUCGAGGACGUCGUCGGUGGCGAGUUCGGCCUCUUCGCAGACUUUGCCGAAGAUGAGUGAACCUGAGCGGAGGAGGUACGAGUUGCAGAUUCGGGUGUAUAGGGCGAGAGACUUGAUGCCUGAGCACAUACCGCUGCGUGUGUUCCGCUCGCCAGACGAGUGCAUAGAGGCGGAAGGAUUGCUGAAGAAAAUGGGUGUAUGAACAGCUGUGUAUACGGGACUCUGUACUUCUACCUUACGAUUCACUACCUCAUAACCUCGUCAAGCGUGUGUGCGCUGCG